AUGGCGAUCACUGACCGUCAGAAUCAGAGUGCGGAGGACAAGAAGAAACUCUUCAGACUAUGCCCGUUCUGGCAGAGGAGAAGCACCACCACCACCUCUUCUUCUUCUCCGUCCUCAGCUCAGAAUCCAAGCCGAAAUCACCGUAACCGCCGUGGACAAGGGAACACGACUGUCUCUACAGCUCCGAAGCCGGCCUUGAAUGUCUCUUCCGUCGCGAGAUCAAUUCUGCCGGCUCGCCGUCGUCUCCGACUAGAUCCUUCAAGCUAUCUCUAUUUCCCUUAUGAACCUGGUAAACAAGUGAGAAGCGCAAUCAAGCUCAAGAACACUACCAAAUCUCAUACUGCAUUCAAGUUCCAAACAACUGCACCUAAAAGUUGUUACAUGCGUCCUCCUGGUGGUGUUUUGGCUCCAGGGGAGAGCGUCUUUGCAACUGUGUUCAAGUUCGUGGAACACCCAGAGAACAAUGAGAAACAGCAGUUGAACAAGAAGAGCAAGGCCAAGUUUAAGAUUAUGAGCCUCAAAGUGAAACCUGGUGUAGAGUUUGUGCCUGAGUUGUUUGAUGAGCAGAAGGAUCAAGUAAUCGUGGAGCGGGUUCUUCGGGUCAUUUUUCUUGAUUCGGACCGCCCAACCGCUGCACUGGAGAAACUGAAACGUCAAUUGGAUGAAGCUGAAGCUGAAGCUGCAGUUGAAGUAAGAAAGAAGCCUCUACCAGAGACAGGGCCUCGUGUUGUCGGGGAGGGUCUUGUCAUUGACGAAUGGAAGGAGAGAAGAGAGAAGUACCUUGCUCGACAACAAGUCGAAGCCAUCGAUUCUUCUUCCUAAAAUGAAGAGAGGAACGUGGAUUUGUUAUUAUUGGAGGUGAAACAUCGCCCUUCUCCAUCAUCUUUUGCAGCUGUACAUAAAUGUAUCGGUCUAUUUAUGUGUGUUAUUAUGUCUUAGAUCACUACUUUGUGUUCCCCUUGUAUGUCUCCGUUUGUUGUGUGAUUCACGCCGGUUCAAAUUUUGUUACAGUUUAAUCGAAUUUAUUAAUCAAACCAAAGUUGUAGUUGAGUUUCCGUCUUGUGCUUUCUGACUUAUGUCCACUAUUGGUUCUGUUGUAUACUUU